GAUUAGAACUAAAGAAAAGAAGAGAAAUCGAAACCCUUACCUCUUCAUCUCUCCUCCGAUCCUCCGUCUGCAUCUUUCCUCGCCGGACGCACCGGAAUCUCGAUUGGAGUCUCCUCCCUGUCGUCCGAUCGUCGGACCCACUGAUGGAGGACAGAACCGGGCGCCGCGGGCAUCCGACGCCUCCGGCGCACCUGGCUGGCCAUUCGCUGGCCACGGCAGCGGGAUCUCCUCCCUCGACGAGCUCUGCGGCGGCGAGAGGGAGGAGGCCAGCAUCCUGAGCGAGUUCGGGUGGAGCAUCCCGAUGGACUCCGGAACGAUCGGAGAGGACGACGGGUUCUCCGGGUUCGGCCUGGAGGGCGCCCCGGGGCCGUCGGAGGCGGUGGUUGCGCCGCCGGAAAGCAGAUCAGAUCAGCCAACGGCGGCGCUUCCCGCGAGAUCCGGCGACGCGGUGUCCUCAAGCUCCAGCGAGGAGCCUCCGCCGGAGGCCGACGAGAAGCCGGCAGAGACAGCG